GUAGUGACCAUAAGAUAAUUCGGGUGACCUUGCAGGACACCAAGCACGAGUAUCCCAAGCGACCACAGCUGCGACUCACCAAUUUUGAGAAGGUUCGAGAAGCAGCACCAGCCAUACCCGACAACUCCCCCGCCGCGGCCAUUUCAGCAGGUCUCUCAGAUGCUGUUGCUGCCAACACCCCCGCUAUGGAGGGUCGCGACUCCCCUUCGUGGUGGAGCCGCAAGCUCACGAAGCUGAAACAGAGCCUUAACAAGGCGACCAAGAAGUGGAACAAGGCGAAGAGGGAUGGCAACCUCCUCGGAACCGAGCACUGGAAAGAAGAGCUGACUGAGAGAAGGAGACUCUUCAGGUUAGAAGCCCGAGCAGCCAAGAAGAGGGCAAGGGACCGCUUCUAUGCGUCCCUCCAAGACUUCUCCAAGUGUAUCCGGCCACCGACGGGUAAGUCAGCGGCAGCGAUACUGAAUGGCGACCCAAGCACCAACCAAGCAGCCCAUCUGCUAGAGAAGCUAUUCCCUCGGGACCCUAGGCGGUCCCAGGGGAUGGCCCAGGUUCGCGUCGGUGUAGGCUCGGCAGAUCGCAUCCCAGCAGUAACCGAACAGGAGGUCUUGGAAGCCAUCGGCCGUCUGAAGAUCUCUGCCCCUGGGAGCGACGGCGUCAAUGCUGAAGUUUUGAAGAAGACGGCGCCUGAGCUGGCGGCCAAAUGGGCCACGGCCUUCACUGACAUCCUUAGAUCCGGCGAGUUCCCUGCCGAAUGGAAGGAGGGCAAAUGCAUUGCCCUGGCCAAGCCCGGCCGCGACAUCUUCCAGCCCUCGGGCUGGCGCCCAAUAGUUCUCCUUAGGUGUGCCUCGAAGCUCUUAGAAUCC